AUGAGUGCCCUACAUCUGUCUAUCUGUCUAUCUGUCUCUCUCUGUCUGUCUGUAAGAAUGGAACAUUUAUUAGAUGGCGAUAUUGAUAAUGAUGGUGUAGCAUUGGUUGGUAUUGGAUGUAGAUUACCUGGUGGAUCUAAAACGGGUCAAGAGUUUUAUGAACAGUUGUUGGGAGGGUUGAAUGCAUUCGUGCCGGUCCCUACUGAACGUUGGAGCAAGACAUAUGCCGAUCAAGGCUUUAUCGCAUCUGACAAGGCUGCACUGAUUGAUUGGAAUGAAUGGAUGCAUUUUGAUAACUCGUUCUUUGGUAUUCUACCCAAAGACGCCGCAGUGGUUGAUCCUCAGGUACGCCUCUAUUUACAGGUUCUCUGGGAAGCUUUGGAAGACGCACAUAUUGACCCUGCCUCGAUCAGAGGGAGCAAAACAUCGGUGUUUUUAGGUCAAAUGUUUGAUGCUGUCACCAAUAUGCAGAUGAGAAACUUGACAACCAUGACCCAUGCCUCUCGCUUUGGUCGGUCAGACACUGCCAUCAAGGCAUCGUACCUCUUUGACUUUAGAGGUGAAUCACUUGCCCUCGAUACUGCCUGUUCGUCUUCUUUGGUGGCUGUCAUGAUGGGAGUAGACACGAUUCGCAAGGGUGAUAGUGAUAUCUCGAUCGUCGGAGGUACCAAUGGUAUUUUUGAACCAACCAAUUCGGCUGCCUUUACCAUGAUGAAUAUGCUUGGUAAAAAGGGUCGUUGUGCUCCAUUUGACGAGGAUGCCGACGGAUAUUGUCGUGGUGAAGGUGUUGGUGUCGUCGUUCUCAAACGUCUCUCCAAAGCUAUUGCCGACAAUGAUGAUAUUUAUUGUAUCAUCAAAGGUGGUAAUUGCAAUGUAGAUGGUAAUUUUGAAAAGUCAUCCCCAUCUGCACCAUCAUCGGCUGCUCAACAAGUUAAUACUCUUGAAGCACUGAGAAAGACUGGUGUAUCUCCAUCUGACAUUUACUAUGUCGAAUGUCAUGGUACUGGAACACCAACUGGAGAUCCACUUGAAAUGGCUGGCAUCGCCAAUGUUUUUAGAGGAUCACAUUCAAAAGAGGAACCACUCAGAGUCGGAUCGAUCAAAGGUAACAUUGGACACACUGAAAGUACAGCAGGUGUAGCAUCACUCAUCAAAUGUGCAAUGAUGGUAAAGAAUAGAAUGUUGAUCAAGAAUAUUCAUUUCAACAAACUCAAUCCAAAGAUUGAUUUACUCGGUGGUGAAAUUAAAAUUGUAUUGGAAAAUGAACCAAUCCCAACUGACCUAGAUAAACCAAUCCGAAUGGGUAUUAAUUCUUUUGGUAUUACUGGUAGUAAUUCUCAUUUAAUUAUUGAAGAGUAUAAAAAGAAAGAAGAAGAAAAGCAAGAUCAAACAAUUCAUUCAAAUGAAUACUUGAUACCAUUUUCAACAAAUAGUAAAAAAUCAAUUGAUAAAUAUAUUGAAAAGAUUAGAGACAAUGUUGAUCAAUAUAAAGAGAAAAUGUCAUUUGAAGAUUUUGUUUGUUCACAGAUAUCAAAAACAACUCAUCCAGUUUGUCAAAAAGUUAUCGUUGCCAAUGAUUGGGAUUCAUUCAAAGAUAGUCGUACAUUUGAAAAAGAAACAUCAUUUGCAUCAAACAUGUCUCAAUUGGGAACUAAAAAGGAGACGUCAGUUGUGAUGGUAUUCUGUGGUCAAGGUGCACAAUGGAGUGGAAUGGGUGAAAAACUUUACAACCAUUAUCAAGUAUUCCGUGAAUCUAUAGAUCAUAUAGAUAAACUAUUAUCACAAUACUAUCAAUACUCUAUUAUUGGUAGACUGAGAGAACAGACAAAUGCAGAUAGUAAAAUGAUUCAUCAUCCAAUCCUUGCUCAACCUUCAACAUUUAUCAUUCAAGUUGCUUUGGUCAAUUUAUAUAAACAUUUUGGUAUUAUUCCUUCAAUUGUUGUUGGUCAUAGUUUUGGAGAUGUAACAGGAGCAUGGUGUUCAGGAUUAAUAUCAUUGGAAGAAGCUUGUAGAAUUGUUUAUCAUCGUAGUGUUGCUCAAAAUCAAACAAUUGGAAGUGGUAGAAUGUUAUCAGUAUCUUUAUCAUUUGAUAAAUAUAAAGAAAUGUUCAAUACUACCCCAACACAAGAACAAACAAAAGAUUACAUCUUUAAACAUUUGGACAAUCAGAUAGAGUAUCAAUCAGAACAACCAAAGAUUAAAUACUUUUCAACAACAACUUCAAACCAAAUUACAUCAUCCUCUUCUUUCAAUGCACAAUACAUUUAUGAUAAUUUAAGAUUACCUGUAUUAUUUCAACAAACUAUUAAUAAUAUUAUAAAUAAUAAUAAUAGUGACGAUAAUCUUUUAUUUUUAGAAAUUGCACCACAUUCAACAUUAUCAUUUUAUUUAAAGAAUCUGACAACAACAACAAUAUUAUCACCAUUAAAUAGAAGAAAAGAUGAAGUUGAAUCAAUUCAAUCUUGUCUUUCACAACUUUGGUUUAAUAAUGUAAAUGUUAAAUUCAAGAAUCAGUUAUCAUCAUUUGGAAGACCAUUGUAUCAAGGUCUCAAAGGGCACAAAGUCAAAGGAAAAUACUUGUUCCCAGGAGCUGGAUACAUGGAGUGCAUUCUCUUGGCAUUCCCAGGCAAAGAUAUCAUAAUUCAUAGAUUGAAUUUUAUCAAUGCAUUCUUUUUAAAAGAAGGUGUUCAAUCGAGACUAAAGACCACAUUUACUAGUUGUUCGGCGACAGAGUAUCUAUUCAAAGGUGAAUACUUUGAUAACCAGGCUCAGAAAUGGAUCAAAUCAGCAGUUGGUAGAAUAUCGGUUCGUAAUGCAUCAACACCUCCUCAACCUGCUUAUCCAAGUGUCGAACAACUACGUAAAGAGACUUACAAUGUUGCUACAAUGACUCACACUGAAGUCUAUGAAAAGUUGAUAAAAGUUGGAUUCCCCUACAGUGGAUCAUUCAAACGUGUACAAAGGAUCGAUUUCAACAAGGAUCGUGGUAUCAUGACCGAGCUUGAUGUCAAACCAAAAGAUCGCUUUGAAGCAGAUCAUACCCUUCUCAAUGCAUCGGUACUAGAUUGUAUUCUACAUGGUGGUCUUGUUAAUUUCCAAGGUGAACCUCCCAAUUGUGAAAUGGUCGGUGAACGUGUACGUUCAGUUCGAGUAUUUGCCAACAACAUACCAAAGACUGGACAGGUAGAUUCAUUGUAUUGCAUUUCUCGUCCAGGUCAAUGCAUAUCACAAAGAGGAAAUGAAUGUGCCGUAUCCUAUGAUGUCAUUGAUCAAGAUGGUAAUAUCAUUGCCAUUAUUGGUGAAGUUGCAUUACGUUCACUUACCAAAGUACUAAAAACUCAUCAAGCCAAAGAUCCAUCUCAACAUAUCAAACAAUCUUUUAUUCAACCAAAACAAUCUCCAAACAUCAUCAACUAUAAUAAUUUAGAUAAUAUAGAUAAUAAUAAUAAUAUAGAUAGUCAUUCAAUGUUGGAAUCAUUUAUUCAAAAUGGUUUAAAGUCACACAAGGUUAUUAGAAUAUUGGAUUAUCAAUUAUCAAAUGAAUUAUUUUCAUUUAAUUUCCUUCAAUUAAUUGACAAGUGUUUGGCAGAUGGAAAAGAAGAAGAAAAUGUUUUGGCUGGUGCGAUCGAUUAUACUAUAAUUGAUCAAGAUGGUGAUUUGGAUAGUUUAAUGCCAGAAUUUAUGCUCAAUCAUCCAAUUAUCAAAUUUAAAAUAAUCAAAGAUGUCAACAUACAGGAUUCAAUCAGCGACCAAGGAUUUUUAGAAUCAAGUUAUGAUUUAAUUCUAUCAACCGAUAAUCAUCAUCAUUUAUCAAAUCAAUUUUAUCAAUUGUUAAAUCCUUGUGGUAAAUUAAUGAUUGUUAGAAAUCAACAAGAAGAAAAAGAAGAAGAUAUAUUGGAUGAUAAUGAUCAUAGAUUAAGAUUGUUGGAUGAUUCAAGAUUUAAAAUUAUAUUUUCAAAUCAAGAAUGUAUAGUUGGAGAAAAGGAAUCAAUAUUUGAAAUGGAACGUGAACCAAUUGAUCAUUUAUUGUUUAUAACACCUUCAUCCUCCACUUCUUCAGAGACAACUAAAUUAUUUACAACAAAAUUAAUUCAACAAGCCGGUUCAAUGACAAAGAGUAUUGGAUUAUUUUCAUCAGAUGAUUUAAUGAAUCCUGAUAAACAUCAAUUAUUAUUAGACUCGAUUGCAAUGGAAAAGAAUAGUGAUAAAAAGGUUACAAUCAUUUAUUUGGAAUCAAUGGAAGAAAUGACUAUUGAUAGUUUAACACCAAAAUCAACACAGUAUCUUCAUCUUCACCUUGUCAUUAGACAGGAACAGUUACCAGUUAAAUUAAUUGCACUUCGAUCUGGAUUCUUUAAUGAAUGUUUGACUUCGAUUGCAAGAGAAUUUGGGUAUAAAUGUGGUAAUAAUUUUGAAUUUGGUACAAUGGUCAUGACUUUGGACAAGGAAUCAAUCGAUCGUGUUACACUUGACCAAAUUUUAAAAGUAUCAAAUUAUUCAAAACUUGGUGAAUUGGAUUAUAAAUUGGAAUGUAAAGAUGAUUCAAAUAGUACUAUUCAAGUAAUGGUUGAAAGAGUAUUACUUUCAAAGAAUUCAAUGGCAUUGGAAAAAGAUAGAAUGACGGUUACAGAUCAAGAAGAAACCAAGAUUAAAUUUGAAAAGGAUGGUAAAUAUCAUUUACGUGCACGUACCAAACAAGAGACUCUUUUAGAUGGACAAAUAGAGAUAAGGGUGAUGGCAUCAUCAUUAAACUUUAAAGAUUGUUUAAUGUUGGAUGGAGGUGUACCACAAGAAAUAUUCCCAACUGGUGAUGUUUACGACCCACCAUUUGGACAGGACUGUGCUGGUAUUGUUACUCGAGUUGGUCCAAAUGUGACACGAUUCAAAGUUGGUGACGAGGUAGUUGGUAUUGCACCUGGUUCUCUUGCUUCUCAUGUAGUCUCUGAUGAGGUUUCUGUUAUCCCCAAACCAAAAGAAUUGUCAUUUGUUGAAGCUGCGUCAAUGGUCACUGUCGGCACUACUUCCUACUAUGGUCUCUACAAAAAGGGGAAUAUCGAUCCUGAUGAUUCAGUCCUUUUGCACAGUGCAUCGGGUGGUGUAGGGUUGGCAGCACUCAAUCUCUUGAAACAUAAAGGUCACCGUGGAAAGAUAUUUGCAACGAUUGGAAGUGGACAGGAAAAGAUACAGUAUCUCAAAGACACGUAUGGUAGCUUUAUCACUGCUAUUCUUCCAUCAUCUAAUUUUGUAGACAGUAUUCUCGAAUUGACCGAUGGUAAAGGUGUCGAAUAUAUUCUCAAUACACUCGACCACUCUCAAAUGCAACAGAAUUUCCAAGCACUCUCACAAACUGGGACUCUGAUUGAUUUGUCAAUCGAUCAAUUCUCCAACCUUGACAACAUGGAUAUGCAAUUGUUAAAGUAUCAAAGAAGUUACAUUACCAUUCAUAUGACCAAACGUCAAUACCCAAUUCUCUGCACUGUCACUGAUCUUGUUGUCAAAGAGGGAAUGCCAUUGACUCCAAUCAUUGCAUUCCCAGGUCAAGAUAUUCACAAAGCAAUGGACCUCAUGAAAUCAAGAAAACAUUUUGGAAAGAUUGUUCUAGACUAUCAAAACAUCGACCGAGAUCUCUAUCCAGUUCUAGUCAAACAACCAAAAGCAAUUGAAAGAUUAUCAUACAAUCUUGAUGGUUGCCAAGGUACAAUGCUUGUCACUGGUCAAUCUGGUAUCUCUGUCGAAUGUAUUUAUUAUUGUCUCAAACAUGCUCCUAAAUUGACCAAUAUUAUUGUUUUGUCAUUUUCUAAACCAAAGUUUGAAAUGCAAUGGUUAGAUCAUAUCAUCAAAACAAAUUAUCCACAUGUAAAACUCCAUUAUUUACAAUGUGAUCUUGGUCAUUAUAACUCUCUCAAAUCAUCCAUUCAAUCAUUGUACCAAGCCAAUAGUCGUAUGGAACCAGUUAGCGUGGUAAUACAUUGCGCAGUAACCUAUGUAUCAGAGAAAAUCAGUUUGGGAGAACAUGCAGUGGCAAUGUCGGCAAAGGCAGUUGGUGCUUGGAACCUUCACAACCUAUUCGAAGAGUUGGGAUGGAAAUUAAAUCAUUUCCAUUUAUUUUCAUCGGUUGGACAAUACCUGGUUCGAGAAAGUACAAGUUAUGGUGUUGCUAAUUUAUUCUUGGAUAGUCUUGCAAUGUACAGAAGAUCAAUUGGGUUAGAGGCCACAUCAGUUGCAUGGGGAUCAAUUGGUAGUACUGGAAGAGCUGUUGUCAACCAAGGUUCAAAUGCAACUCUACAAGGAUUAGGUAUGAGCUUUCUACCAUUGUCUUGUAUCUAUGGUGUACUCAGAUCAUCAUUUGCCAACAAGACAACACCAAUCACUCGAAUCAUGUGUGCUAGUUUCUUGACCAAACGAUUUAUUGGGUCACAUCAAUUCCUUCAACACACUUUUGGACAUUUACUCGACGAGGAUCUCGGAGUGACAGCCAAGAAAAAGAAUAAUGCACAAGAUGGUGGAAAUAGUAUAGAGAAUAUGAUUAUCGAUCAUAUCGCAGAAGCACUAUCUAUUGAGAAAUCACUCUUGUCACCAGACACCAAACUAAAAGAUUACGGUGUCGAUUCAAUGGUUUCAAUUCAAAUUAAAACAUGGUUGGAACAAGAAUUUGGUAAAACUCAAAUCAUUAACCAUUCUCAAAUUUCAAAUGGGUCACUUAAUUCAAUCAUUCAAGCUGUUUCAAAUAGGAAAUAA